AGUACUGAACAUUGUACAUGAUACUGUGAGAAAAGUCAAGUCCAGCAUUGGUUUAAUUUUCAGUCAAACAUUAAGUUAUUAAUCUUUCAAUGUCACGUAAAGACAAAGUAUGUUAACAUAAAAUAGGGGGGGGGGCAAUGAAAGGGUCGUGUCUGACUUGCAUGGUAAUGUACAUAUUAGACAUCCAUUAAUUUACACUGGUUUAUGAUAACGUAUUUAAGUCAGUAUGUAACUACUACAAAAAUAGUGAGGCAUGUGUGGCUCUGCAGUUGUACAGUUAACUUGGGGUGAUGUGGAAAUACAGUGGAUUAAUUGUCUGACUUUGUAAAGGUUAUAAAAAACCUGAACAAUGAUAUUCUGUCAAAUUUAUUCUUCAUAUUUUUGUAUGUCCUUUUGUCAAUAUUGAGUAAUGUAAGGGUUUUUAUCUCACACUGGGGACAGGCAGAAACUGAUACCCCACUUUCAGAGAAGACAAGCCAUGCUUGUUUCUUUUCGUUGCUCAAGCUUACUGAGUAUCUAAACAAUGAACAAAGCUGUCAUUCUCCAAACAGUGCCUGCCCUUUUCAGACCGACCAGAAACGACAUCCAGGAGGCGGAUCUGGACUGCGAACAGGUCAACGCUCAACAGUAUUGCAGGCUUGAUCAUUUGUGAAGAGUGGUGCUGCGGGCCUAUCCCACCAGUUCUGCCCACUUUUGGAGCCCCACCCCCUUCACCUUUAACUGUCCGCAACUGCCCAGCUGGCAGCCUGGAGGUUCCAUUGCUUUCAGCACCAGUUCUCGUUCUAGAGAGUUUUCAGCUGCACUUUUAAAAUGGCUGUGCUGCACUCAAGGAUGGGGGUGAAAGCAGCUCUACCCAAGUAUGAGCUCUACUGUUACUAUGUCGUGCUGUCCAUGGCCAUGCUCUGGGCUGCCAGCUGGAUUUUGGAGGUGUCCAGCUCAAAUGCAAACCGCAAGUCCUUCAAGUCCAACAUCCAGCCGGGAUGGUACUAUUUCAGCAGGAAAAUGGACACGGCUGAUUUGGAGUGGAUGAUGUGGUUCUCCACGUUCCGCGAGCACAUCGUCUUCGCUCUGUCUGGUCAUGUCAUAUUUGCCAAAAUUUGCUCCAUGCUGGCUCCACAGUAUCGCUCACUGGUCUACAUGGUGUAUGGUCUGCUGGCUGUACUGACCAGUAUGGGCUGGACAUACGUCACCCUCAUCCUCUCCCACUGCGUGCUGCUCUACAGCAUCUCUCUGGUCAAACUCCGUUGGCUCUGCUUCGCUGCUGGACUCACCACGCUAGCCACAUUUAAAAUGGAGCCAUUUGUUUCCUGGCAGGCGGGGUUUGUGACCGGCUCCUUCGAGCUCCGUCCUGUGCUGUUCUACGGGGGCUGUGGCUUCACCAUCAUGCGCUGUAUGAGCUUCGCUCUGGAGAAUUGUGAGAAGAAAGAGGGCAGCUACAGCAUCCUAGAGCUUCUCAAGUACAACUUCUACCUCCCUUUCUUCUACUUCGGACCUGUCAUGACUUUUGAUAAAUUCUACAAACAGGCCAAUAAUCCUGACCUGAACAGAAAAGAGAGAGAGAUGUGGAACAUUUUCAUCCAGGCCUUGUUGCACCUGGGGGUGAUCAUUAUUGUUGCUUUGAUCUUUCACUUCAUGUACAUUCUGACCAUUCCCAAUGACAUGAAGCUGCUGAAACACCUCUCAGACUGGGCCAUUGCUGGUUUGGCCUACUUGAAUCUGGUGUAUGACUGGGUAAAAGCAGCCGUGCUGUUUGGGGUGAUAAACACAAUUUCUCGUCUGGACCAUCUGGAUCCCCCUAAACCUCCCAAAUGCAUCACAAUGCUUUAUGUCUUCUCUGAGACACACUUUGACAGAGGAAUCAAUGACUGGCUCUGCAAAUAUGUGUAUAACUACCUUGGUGGGAAACAUGAGAAUGUAUUGGACGAGCUGAUUGCCUCUCUUUGCACUUUCGGAGUCACUGCUCUGUGGCUGGGGCCCGGCUGGGUGGUUCUCAUAUGGGCUUUCUUGAACUGCUUUGGGCUGAACUUUGAGUUAUGGACGGCCAUGUUUUUCAAGAUGGAGCCUUUUGUUUCAAUUGAGAUGGCGAUGUCUGAAUCCAUGUCCCGCAGGAUUAGAGCCGUGUUCAAUACCUUCAACUUCUGGUGUAUUGUCCUCUACAACAUCCUGGCCCUCAACAGUCUUGACUUUGCUAAACUUGUUGCCAAAAGAAUGCUGCUGAAAGGUUUCCCUCUGUCCACUAUUACUGUGAUGUUUGUGACCUACUGCUUGGUGCAGAUAAUUAAAGAGAAAGAAAGAAGGCAGGCUCUGAUUGAUGACCCGGAUCCAAUCCCACCUCCUGCCCCCGUCCCCCCACCUACCACCACUAUUGCCUCCACCCUGGCUGCCCAGAUGGAUGCCUCAGCCCCUCAGCCCAUGGACCCCAAUAAGGAAAAGGCAGAGUAGGGGGAUGUUUUUGCAAAAGAUCAAAUAUUUUAGUCAAAAUUUACCAGAAAAUGUUUUAAAAGGAAACAUCAGUGUUUUUACACUUUCCACACAUAUUGCCAUCUUUCUGAGAUUUUACAUGAUCAGUGAUAAUCUAAGUCUAAUGUAUGUUAUAUAGAAAAAAGUACAACGGUACAAUUUACACACAAUGUAGACAAACCUAAAUUUACUGCAAUAGCACAAAUCAUUUGAAUUUUCAUUAUCUGUAAAUUUCCUCUUAUUUUGCUUUAACACAGGGUGAAAUAAAAGA